GAUCAACUUCUCUUCUUCAUUAGCAAACUUGUGAGUUUUAGGAAAUUGAUCAUUCUUGUAAAAAUGGCACUUGUUAAUGCCCAAACAUUUCUCUUACUUGCAGUUUUCUCAUGCAUGUUUGCUAUUGGUUUAGCCAACUAUGACUUCAACUGGGGUCCUAGAACCUGGAAUAAAACUAACUGCCCGUAUACUCAUCCACCAAAUGCUACUCAAACUUCCAAUAGAUUCAUUGUUGGAGGUUCAGAAAAUUGGCAUUAUGGUUUCAACUACAUGGAUUGGGCUCGAAAGACUGCUCCUUUCUUUGUUAAUGACACCUUAGUGUUCAAGUAUGAUCCACCAAAUGCAAAUGGUACCGGAUUUCCACACAGUGUUUACUUAUUACCAAACUAUAGGAGCUUCAACAAGUGUGAUUUCAGGAGGGCUAAAAGGAUAGCAGAUCCAACUCAAGGUGCAGAGGAAGGAUUUGAGUUUGUGUUGAAGAAAAUGCAGACUUACUAUUUUGCUUGUGGAGAGCACCAAGGCAUCCAUUGCAAGACUGGGAAUAUGAAAUUUGCUGUGAUGCCACUCAAACAUUGGCGUUUCUGAAUUAAAAGAGAGAGUUGCAGAUUGUGCUGUGGCUUGGAAAUAGUUGGAAUUUGGAAGAUGCAUACUGAUUACACUUUUUAAUGAUUUUUUGUGUUUUGAUUGAAUAAAGAUAAAGAACUUUGAGCUGACUUUAGUAUAUUUUUCAUUUCGACUAAAAUGUAAUAGAAGUUUUGUAAUAAGUGAUAUACUUUUUAAUGCUUAAAAU